AUUCUGAUGAUUUGUCAGGCUUAAUUAACGGUUUUGUCCCUGGACAUGCAAGUUGGUAUCAGUGAUGUCUACACUUGAACACUAUCUGAAACAAGACUGCCUGUGUUGUUAAACAGCAUUGCAGGGGCAACCCAAAAUAUCAGUAACCAAUGGUAGUACCUGGAAAUGUCAAAAUCAGGAUUAUAAAUUUAAAAACUCACAGCGUCUGUCAGUACCAUGAAACUGAAGGGAUGCAAUGUUGCCUCAUAAUUUCCACUACGUGUCAUAACAUCACACGUGGUUUACAAAUAUGCAUUUUUAUCCUAUCUAAAGGAAGCAAUUAAAGUUAUUAUUGGAAAUUACUAGUAAUAUAUAAAGAAUAAGCUCUUGCUUGUCCUGCUUUUCAGAAUUUCACUUCAGUUUGCAUUGUUUUGUCACUGGGGCUUUGUUUUGUUUUUGCACACUUUAGCAUCCUUCAUACUUUUUUGAUAGUUUUUGUUAUAAAGGAAUUUACUAAUCUCAGCAGAAGACUGGGAUACUUGCAAAAUUCAAACAUGAGGCAGUUACAGAGUUGACUUUCUACUAUCAGGCAGUUCAUUUAUUUCUUACUAGUCACUGCUAAAAUUAGUGAAUUAUUUUUAACACAAAUUUGCAAGUAUUUUUUAAAAUAGAUGUUCAAUCUAUAUGAAAGAAGCUGAGAAACCAAGAAAAAACUGUUAAAACCAAGAGAUGAUACAUAAGUUGAUUUAUUUCACCCUUUUUCAUUCUUUCUCUGGAGGCCAAACUAAAGAUGCUGGUAACAAAGAGUGCUUUAAAAGCAUCACAUCACCUUACUAUCCUUCUGAUUAUGGCAGAUGGCCAGAGACACAAGAUGGAGGAGCCUUUAUAGCAGGACAGAGCAAAUUCACACAGAUGUGAGAGUUGGAAAUGGCGUGAUCAGAUCCCAAAUCCCUACUUUCUUCAUUGAGGCUUUGCAGAAUGGAUCCUUCCCUUGAGUCUUGGUUUGUAAUCCAGGAAUUUUCUGCUGUCUCCUGAACUGUAACAUUUCUACAUAGUUUUUCCAAGUCCCUCAAAAGAAAAAAAAAUCUUCAUAUUUCUGAAGCUUUCCUUUAAAAUGUUCUCCCUAAUGCAGGCAAGCAGCCUACUCUCAACAGUGGAGCUUGAACCUCAUUCCUCAUUUCUUUGCCCCUUUUCACAGCUACCAACUACUUUUUUGGGCAGAAGUUUUUAGUGAAAAUAUUGCAGUAACUACUGCUAUAUGCUGAUACUAUUUAAGACCCUAAUGCUCCCCUUGAUUUCUGUACACCACACCCACCAACGAUGCUGUGAAUACCACUGUAAUUAUCAAGGGCUAGAUAGUAAAUUCUCUUUUCUCCUUAUUGCCAUAGCAUUUUAUAUCAAUAUUUAUUUUGGCCUUUGAGCAAGAAUAUGUCUACACUAAUAAUCUCUCUCCUGUUUUCUGCCUUUCUCUGAAUAAAACCCUUAUUUAAUGUAUUACAGUAUAACACCUUUAUACCCUCUUCUUAAACCAGUAUAAGCACACACAGCCAGUUAAAAGAGGGGCCCAGUACUCCCAUGGGACUGGGAAGAUGCAUGGCAAGCCCGACUGUGCAACCACAUGUGUAUGGCACAGGAGGGAGCUCACAAAGAGAGGAGCGAUAAUAACAUCAGAGGGAAUUAGCCAGGCUGCCAGGAUUGGCGUGAGCACACCAACGUGACAACACAACAAUGGAUUUUCUCGGACCCCAAGGGAGCUGCUCGGCUCAUUCUGCAUUAGGCAGGGCUCUUCCACUUCCAUCCACAGGGUGGUUCUCCAUACAGUGUAUGUAGCCGACUGUCUCACUGCCUGAGAUUUAGGAGCUUUCCCUCAGCUGCUGCUCAGGCUCUUCUGUUUGCCUUGGCAGUCACAGCAGCUGGAUGUCCACAUCUGCUUCAGAACAAUUCUUCCUUACCCGACACGUUUGACCAGGGGAAGGCAAGGAAGCCCUCCCCUGCAUCAGGCAGGAUGAAGUAAAUGCCUUUGCCUACUUUUUUAAACAAGGCUGACACUGCCAAUUACUCUGAUAUGAUGAUAUGAGGCGUGAUUUUGGUAACCCCUCCUUGGAAGCAAAGAUCAGAAAGCUUGAGGUGAAGAGGGAAGUGACAACAAAGCUCCUGCAGUGAAUGAGCAUGGAGCCCUCACAGAAGCAGUCUAAGGUGUAAGGCUCUUGCACAGAAUUUGUAUGAGUGACAGACUAUGUACCUGUUUCAUAAAAUGGAAAACUAUGAAGUUUACCAUGGGAAACAAGGGAGAUACUUAAACAUUUGGCUAAUCUUAUGCCUGUUUCCAAGAACCUGUGUAUCAAAUCCUUCCAAACCUAACUUUUUACUGAUACUGGCUGAUGACCUUGGUAUUGGAGAUGUGGGUUGCUAUGGCAAUGAUACAAUAAGGACCCCUAACAUUGAUGGCCUGGCAAAGGAUGGAGUGAGACUUACUCAGCACAUUGCUGCAGCAGCUGUCUGUACUCCAAGCAGAGCUGCUUUCCUGACUGGCAGAUACCCCAUCAGAUCAGGCAUGGCAUCCAGUACUCAAAGGCAGGUUCUUUUCUGGAAUGCUGGUUCGGGGGGACUCCCACCAAAUGAAACUACUUUUGCCAGAAUACUCUACCAGCAAGGUUAUUCUACAGCACUUGUAGGGAAGUGGCAUAUGGGUGUGAACUGCAAAACCCGCCAUGACCACUGCCACCAUCCUUUAAAUCAUGGUUUUGAUUAUUUUUAUGGCAUGCCUUUUACCCUUGUCAAUGAGUGUCAAGGCACAGAUGACCCUGAAUUGGCCAAGUCUUUGCAAGAUACAUAUUGGUUUUACACUCAGAUGAUCAUCCUUGCAGUAUUUACUCUUGUGAUUGGAAAACUUGCCAAUUUAUUCCCAGUAAAAUGGAAAAUAAUCAUCUGUCUGGCUAUCUGUGGUCUCCUUCAUUUCAUCUCCUGGUUCUCCAGCUAUGGUUUCACCAAGUACUGGAACUGCAUCCUGAUGAGAAACCAUGAUAUCACUGAACAACCAAUGAACCUACAAAAAACUACUUCUAAUGUGCUGAAGGAGGCAAUUACAUUCAUUGAAAGAAACAAGCAUAGACCAUUUCUUCUCUUUGUUUCCCUUUUACAUGUUCACACCCCUCUCAUUACCACAGAGAAGUUUCAGGGAAGAAGCAGGCAUGGCCUGUAUGGAGAUAAUGUAGAGGAGAUGGACUGGAUGGUGGGCAAGCUUGUGGAUGUAAUUGACAAAGAGGACUUGAAGAAUACCACAUUCAUUUAUUUUGCAUCUGAUCAUGGAGGAUUCUUAGAGGCUCACAGAGGAAAUUCUCAAUUGGGUGGAUGGAAUGGGAUAUAUAAAGGUGGAAAAGGAAUGGGAGGCUGGGAAGGAGGAAUCCGUGUCCCAGGUAUAGUUAGAUGGCCGGGAGUGUUGCCUGCGGGGACAGUUAUCGAUGAACCUACAAGCCUCAUGGACAUUUAUCCUACAGUAGUUCAACUGGCUGGAGGAGCAGUGCCUCAGGACAGGGUCAUGGAUGGGCACACCUUGCUGCCCUUGCUGCAGGGGACAGAGCAGCACUCCAGGCACGAGUUCCUGUUCCACUACUGCGGUGUGUUCCUGCAUGCAGUGCGCUGGCACCAGAAGGACAGUGGCACCGUAUGGAAAGCUCAUUAUGCUACUCCAGUAUUUCAGCCAGAAGCCUCUGGGGCCUGUUUCAGAAGAGGAAUUUGUCCAUGUUUCGGGGAUGGUGUAACCCAUCAUGACCCUCCACUGCUGUUCAACCUCUCACAAGAUCCAUCUGAGGCAAAUGCUCUCUCAGCUGACACUGAGCCCUUGUUUGACACUGUGGUGAGGAGAAUGAGAAGAGCAGUGGAAGAGCACGGCAAGACUCUGACCCCAGUCCCACAACAGCUGUCUCCUUACAAUAAUAUAUGGAAGCCAUGGCUGCAGCCAUGCUGUGGCACAUUCCCGUUCUGUUGGUGUCAUGAAGAAAAUAGCAAAGCAUAGUCUAAUACCAAAGUACAGUUAGCUUUAAAGAAAUUGAUAAUUUUUCACAUUCACAUGACUACAGUCAUAAAGAGAUUAAAGAUUAAAUUAUACUGGGAUAACAAAAAGGGACAUUAGUGACUGUUUUUUUUCUACCUUUUCUCUUAUCCAUGGUAAUUAAUUAAGGCUGUGGUAAAAAAAAUAAAUAAAAAUUAGGGGUCAUCUGUAUAAUCUAUCCCUCAAGUGAAUAAUUCAGGAUUAAAUACCAAAUAAAUGAAUCAAAGUUUAUUUUCUUACUGACUUACAAUUCAAGCAAAUUAUGACAGAUAAAAAAGCAAAUUUUCAAUAGCAAUUGUCUGUAUAUGAAAUAUGCUUGUUGAGAGAAUAGGACUGAGCCCAAGAGAGUAUCCCUAUUCAGGCCAUAUGUUUUAAUGAAAAGUAACCAUUUGCACAAAAAUGAAAUGAUUAUGAAAAUGAAAAAAAUAAUUAAAUGUAAAAUUGCACAUUUAAUUUGGAAAGAUACCAAAAUGCAUUGGCCUCUCAGAAAUAAACACCUAUUAAAUUAGAGAAAUUUUUUGCCUCAUUAUCUGUACAUUGAUUUGUCUGUCAUGAAAGAUUUCCUGGGGAAAACUGAACUGACAAGGAUGUUUUAAAAAUUAGAUAGGUAAAGUUAGCAUCUCAAGAGCAGUAGCAAACUACCUAGCUAUUCUGAAAUGUUAAACCACAACAAUUCUUACUGAUAUGUGUUUUACAUGUAGUUAGGUCAUCUCACUUGUAAGAACUCCUGGCUGCCUUAAGAAGAUUGCAAAAUUUGGGAUCUAUCUGUGAGACCACUUCAUAAGCCUGCAUGUCCUACUUGAGUGACAAUGCCUCUGAUUUCAUAGGAAUGCCAUUAUGCCUCCUGAAAAAUAUUCUUUGUUUAGUGAAAAAACACUAUGUUUUCAGUAGGAGGGGUUAAAAAAAAUCACCUCACAGUAUCAUCACAGGUCAUCUUCCCCAAGCCAAACAAGUCUCAGUACUCUGUACAGUCAUUAGGGAAAAGGAGGGUAUUAAAAUACCUAAUCCUCUCUUGCUGCCCUUAGGUUAAAUAAAUUAAUCUCUCAAGAUAUAAUCCUAACCAUGCUCUUGCAGGGAUUUUGUGUCAAAACAGAUUUUCAAAUGGACGUUCAUGUAUUUUUUCCUCCCCUAAAAAAGUAGAUUGUGGGCAAGAGACUCAGAUUCAAAGUCUUCCUGAACACUUUAUAUUCAAGCCCUAUUAUACAGGUAAUGUCACCCACACUUUAAAAAGUAUCACAGGAUGGUAAGAGCAGCAGAGCAGGUACUGUGGGUGAUGUGUUUCCUUAAAGCUUGAUGUCUUGAGGAGCCACACCUCUGCAGCUUUAUUCAGGACCAAGGUUGCCUGUGUGUAUUUUUUUGCCUUUUAGAAGCAGGAAGAGACAAGAAAGUCCAUAGCUGCCACAGCAGAUCCCUUUCACCAGCUUUGGGACAGAAGAGAGUGUGUGCCUGGAUUAUAUGCACCCUGUGCAGUGUUUCAGGAAACCUCCUGACUUACACCUUAGUGUGCUAGGUCAGGGGUGUGGUGAGUCACUGCUGUUUAAACAGCGCAGGUUGUGACCAUGAUGCAGCACCAAAUGCAAGUCUCUAAAUAGCUGACCAGGCAGUUCUCCAGGUUAUUUUCCAUUUCACCUUUUCUCUAAAAGGUCACCAAGAAAGUCAUGUGGAAAACAUUCCACAUAAAUCAUAGGCCAUGUAUGAACAUGAACUGAUUGGAUGCCUCAAUGACACACUUAAUAGAAGUAUCCAAAAAUACGUUUGUUCUCACUUUUUGAUGGUGUUUAAAUCUGCACCAACAUUGCUACACACUUGUCAGAUUUGACACUUCUCUGUGGCUGACAGGAACUGAAACCAGAGCAGCUGCAUUUCACUGGAUUCAUGCAGGGAGAAAAGAGCACAAAAAGACUACACAUUUUAAAGUCAGUUUGGCUGAUUCAGAGAUGGAGGACGAAUCCUACUGCUCAGUGGGGAACAAAGCCAAAGCCAGUCAGUUCAGUAACAUCUACAUUAUCAGUUAAGUACAAGGAUAAGUUUUUUUCUCAGUUCACUUCACUGGCUUCCCCACUUACCCACUCGAAUCAUUAGGUUAAGUAUCAGGAGAAAGUUUUUCACACAGAAGGUGGUUGAGCACUGGAACAGGUUCCCCAUGCAAGUGGUCACAGCACGAAGCCUGUCUGAGUUCAAACAGCACUGGGACAAUGCUCUCAGGUCCAUGAUGUGACUCUUGGCAUGUCCUACAUAGGGCCAAGGGGUGGAACCUGUGAUCCUGCUGGGUCCUUUCCAACUCAGCAUGUUCUGUGACUUACACACAAGAACAUGCCCAGUCCCACACUAGGCUAUGAUGAGAGCACUUACCAAGGGGUGGGAUGGUGUUCAAGCACCCACUCAGCAUGCAAGCAUAAAUCCAAACUUUAGGAAGCCAGACUGGGAAGGCCAGCACAUCAGCAAGACCCAGAACUCCAUCUCUAAACACAGUGUGAAAAAAAUCACCCUGUAUAAAUGUAAACAUUAAGCAUUGGUCUAACACUCCAUUCCUCUGAAAAUUAAAUUUGCUGAACUGUAUGUCCAAGUACAUAAUCUUGCUAUCACGUAGAUAUCCAUGUUGCCUUUCUGACAUCUAAACAGAUAACUUUAUCUUGGCUGGCAUCUGUGGAAAACCAGAGGCACUUUCAGGCAGGAGGAGGAGAAAUUAGGGCUGGCAGCAUAGAGAACCUGCUUUUGUCAACUGUUAGGAGACCUCAGCUUGGCACAGGGAAAAGUGCUUUUCCCACACAGAGAGGAAGAGGGCAGACAAUGCCCACAGAGGAUCUGCAGGCAAGAAGGUGAGCAAAGUCAUAGGAAAUUGCUGAAUUGGAUGUACAUCACUUCAAAAAACAGAGUGGACAGGAGAGAAAACUAUUUUCACGCCCAAGUUCCUUUCAUUGUCUAAAGCUAAACGUAUCUUAAAAUGUACACAUUUUGAGGAGACAGUGGUAAACAGGAAAAGGAGGUUAAUUAUUUUACAUGUUUCAUGCAGAUCCUAGCAAUGGAUUGGUUGCAAAUCUUUUUGUCUGUAUACACUUUUAACAAGGACAUGUAAGCUCUGCAGAAGCUGUUCUUCUGAUCUUCUGGCAGAUGUAUAUUCUCUGUAAAGCAGAUGAACCCAACAUCACACUCGAGUUGUCCUCAUGAAUCCUUUCACAUAAAAUGCACUUAUAGGCAAAAACUCUGUCACAAAACCUUCUUGAAUAACACUGUAAGAAAGAAACUCUUAAUUCUGUUCUGUAGGUUUCCAUGAAAAAUAAUCUAUAAUGAUAUUUUUCAAAUAUAUUAAUAUAAGAAUAAAGCCUAAAUUGUAUGCUCUCUCUUUUCUUUUCUCAUGGUUUCUCCCUUUGUAGCAAGGACAACAUAAAAUGGCCUCUUAGGAAAACCUGAGACAACUGGCCAAUCUCCAAGCCAUUGUUAGCCAUACAAGAAUUUUAGACCUACACAUGGUUUAAUAUAGACACCAUAGAGAGGGAAGUAUUACUCUGUAACAAAUGAAGUUUGUUUUACUGAAAGAGCUGUGGUUGUACUGUGUAAAUAUUUGAUAUUCAUGUUGUAUGAAGCUGACUUCCACUCUACUCGUUUGAUCAUUAUUAAAUGGCAUUUGGAAUUGUUGCAUUAGGCUGACUCAACAGAGUAAUUGUCAAGUCUCACAGGAGUGAGACAACAAGCUUCUAAGAAGCCUCACUUCACCAUGUUUAAAUAUUAGACACAUUGCUUUGCUCCCUGAUGGGACUCAAGGGAGUGCCAGCACACAGAUCACAAGAUCCCAUCUUCUAAGGAUGCAAAAUAGUUGUGUAACAAACUGAGAAAAGCAAUUUGAGCUCAAAAUUUAUCCAGCUUGAAAUUCCCUCUGAGUACAUUUGAGAGGCAUUUACAAAAAUGACCAAGGAGUAACAAAAAACCUUUUGCUCAUUACAGAUUUUAGGUUAAUAUACACAUAUACAGGCAUAGAUAUAGUGUUGAACUCAAUAUGACACUGAAAGAUUUUUGUAGGAUGUUUUGAUUGUAGUGUUACAUCUAAUCAACUCCAUUAGAAAUACUCAGAUUUAUUCAAAACAUUUUUUCUUAUUGAAUACUACUACCAUACUACUACAUUACUAAAAUUUUUUGAAUGCCAGAAAAGAAAUGGCAACUCCCCAUGUUGAGAUAAAAGGGGUUUCUAGAGGAUCCAAACAAUCCUGGCUUGCUCUGCCAUUUCUCUAAAAGCUGUAAGUAAAAGGUUUGGAAACAGAAAGAAUUUAUGGAGGUUUGAAAAGAAAAGAAAAAGCCUCCAAACUAAACAAAAAAAAGCAGGUACUCAUCCAUGACAUGCAAUUAGUUCUGUUCCAAGUACAUAAUCCUAUGAGAAGGCUCUGAAAAUCUUAUUGCUCUAAAAUAAACAAAUUAUCUGUUUUAUAUUUAUCAUUAUUCAGAAUGAUGCACAGUGCCAUAAAAUUGAACAAACACUUUUCCAAGGCAGUUAAAUGUUAUGCCAUCAUGUAAAGUAUUAAAAUAAUCACAACUAAGAGACUGGCUGUCUUGGAAUUUUAGAGUUUUUAUACCUCCAGUUUGUUGAAGUUGAAAGGGUUCUGGAAACAGACAGUAAAAUUAAAAAGAAAAGUUCUUGCAACUGUAUUUUUUUCCCUUAUUAAUAUAACUCUCAGCUUUCUAGCAAUUAUUAUUUAGAAGUUUAAGUCAAUUAUAUAUGACUGUAUUUUUUUUUGCUACCUUUGCUAUAAUUAUGGUAUGCUGUUAUUACAAACCAAAAGUUUAUACGAGGAUGCAUAAUAUAACUUGAGUGUCACAGCUUUUAAUUUUUAGCACAAAAGAAACUAUUUAUGAGCCACCCAGCUUAGGGUGAACAGAAUUUUAGCUGAAACAUAUUGCAACCAAUAUGCUGACAAUGCAGACUACUUCAGUGAGCAGUCUUAACUGACGUGUAUUUUUGGGGGCUCUUAAAAAAUUUACUACCACAGAUUUAAUCUCAUAUAUUGGGUUGAUAAAAACCAACCAACC